AUGCGCUUCUCCCACGACACCUCAAUCAGCACCUCCUCCCUGCUCUCCCUCUCCAGCAGCAGCAGCAGAAGUAGCGCCUAUAUCAAACACGGCAUCGGCGGCGCCGGCAACUUCCACCGAGCCUCCGAGUUCCCACCAACCGGACCCCCCGCGCCCUACAAACGGCACUCCGGCUCCUUCACCAGCGGCAUCGGCGGCUUCGGCAACAUCCACCACGCGUCUGAGCGCGCUCUCCUCAGCUUCGACGAGGAGCUUGCACGGGGCCGAGUCGUGCAGCGGAAACGGGGCAGGAACGUGCGGUUUGGGAUUGGGGGCGCUGGGAACUUUGUUGGGAACGCGCGGCUGUGUUCUCGCUCUUCGGAGCAGAGUUUCAAGGACGGGUCGGCGUAUAGCAGUGAACCGCUGCCGUAUGGCGCGUUUGAUGCUCUGCGGCGCAAGUGGUCGAGGGCGUGGUCGCGCUGGGGUUCCCUGGAGGACCUUGAGAGGGAGUGA